UAGGCUACUGUGUCUAAGAUGUCAGCUGUAAGAAAGGACCUAGCAACUUUAAUUUCCCUAUUGAAAAUAAGAGGAUUUAUAGAUCAUUCAGCUAUAAAGCAUAAUGGACAAGAAUACCUCAUGAGUGACUAUGGUCCACCUGGUACUUUGCUUCGACAAAACAUUUUAAAACAGUGGUGGGAUGCUGUGGUUUGUAAACAAAAUAAUGUGUAUGCUGUAGAGAGCCCAUUGCUCCAACCUUCAGAUUGCACAUCUGAGAAACAGAUCACAAGAUCAUCAGAUGAAGCAGUUUUAAGAGAUCAGUUACAAAAAGAUUGUUCCUCAAAGUAUCUUCAAGUAUUAAAACUAUCAAAUGGGACAUUACCAUUCUCAAUAGCAAGUGUUGGUUCUUGCUUUUCGUGGAAAGAAAACACUCAGACCACAGAGCCUGAUUUGAAAAAUUUGUUUUUUGGGUUUUCUAACUACACACGACUUAUUGUACAGAACUACACAUCCCCAGCAAAAUCCUACAGUGUGUUUGACUACUGGCUCCAGUUGCGGCUGUCAUGGUGGAAACAGUUCUCCAACAAUCCUGCCAAGUUUUCCGUGAUAUCCGCCUCUAACAACAACCACAAGUCCACCAAUGGUCAAGUGUCUACCCAGGCCUCAGGUGCUACCAAUGGUAAAGAACAGUCACAGAACAGAAUUAUUGUGUACGAGUUUCCCUGGGGAGUUGAACCUAUUGAAGAAGUUAGUAAUUUAGGUGAUGGGCCUUUUCAUCAUGUGGGCAGUGGAGAAAUUGAAAAAUACAUGGGUAAAACAAGUGGAAAAUUGUCUUGCCUUCCAUAUUGUAUCGAGUGCGACACAAACAUUGAAUCUGCAGCAGCUGCUUGGAUCAUCGACAGCUACGUGGAGCGACCUAUCAUCUCAGAUACCAAUACUUCUAAAACAAAAUUGGCCCAGGUUCUCAAGCUUCACUCUAAAAUAGCACCCUAUCAAGUUUCAUUAGCUGUCCAGACAUCACCAGUAUCCAAUGAGCUACGUCAUAUAUGUACUCACUUAGAAAAGGAAUUUAAAAAAGCCAACAUUUCAUUAUUUAAUGCAUCUGAUCACGGAAGCACAAUUGAUGCACAUUUUAAAAGAAAUGAUCAACUUGGAAUCCCCUACACUGUGAUUGUUAAUGAACGUACCCCCACAGAUGGACUUGUAGUUACACGCCACAGAGACACCCAGAUACAGGUACCUUCACAUAUGACAGAAAUAGUUAAUGAUUUGAAGCAUAAUCUGGAUGCUCAAUUGGUGCACUAAAAUAAAUAAUUUAAAAUCUAGUGUUUGUUAUUUUCACUCAUUUUAAAAAGAAGUUAAA